AUGGCCCAGACGACCAUGGAGGACAUCUUCAAUGCUGGCCCGCAGGCUGGUGGCUUGAGCUCCUUAUCCGAAGGUCAGCGGCUAGCCGAGGGGGGUCCUCUUCCUCACCUCAGUCGGGAGCUGCCCGCGGCGCACUACGAGUACAUCGACGACUUCGUGAUCAUUGGGCUCGAUUUCCCCGUGGUGUCGGGUCAGGUGGAGGUGACGACGGUGGAGGACAUCUGGCUGGGGGCCAAGGCGCUGGUGGUGGCUGCCGGUUUCCAGGUGCACAAGGACGCGUGCUCGGAAGCUGCCCGCAUGAUUGGGGGCGAUUUCCAGGGCACUCGGCUGGCGCCGAACCAGGACAAGAUGUGGCUAGCGGUGCUCGGCAUCCAGGAGAUCCUGAUCAGCAGGUGGGAGUUGCCCGACUCGAUCGCUCGUAUCGUUGGCAUUCUGUCCUGGGGCUUCUUGAUCUGCCGGGGCGCGCUGAGCAUCUUCUCGGAGGUCUACGCCUGGUGCAUGGAGUUCCGGGGUGGAGCUCGACGCGAAGUGCCGACGGAGGUGCUGAGGGAGCUGGCGGCUGCGGCGGCCAUCAUACCGUUGGUGUCAGUCGACGAUUUGGCGACGCCCUGGGACCCCACGGUGAUGAUGUUCGAUGCCAACUUGUACGGAGGAACCAUCAUUUCAACGGUGGCUUCGGUGGAGGAGCAGCGCCGGGAAGCCCGCCAUGCUGUGCGAGGUGGCUGGACAGUCUGGACUGGCAUUUCCUCCUCGUGGGCUGCCGACUCGUGGUGCGAGGGCGAGGCCUUCAAGCGCGUGGGCGACGAGGUGGAGCCGGGCACGCGGGUGCGAGUACCUCCCGUGCACGCGUGCUGGGACGACAUUACCGGAUGGAAGGAGGUCGUGCGUUGGCGCUGGGAGGAGAAGGAGCACACCAACCUGCUCGAGAUGCGCACGGGCGUGGCGGCGGCGAGGCACUCUGCUCGCAGUCGCGCAAGCUGGGGGAGGAAGCACCUGCGGAUCACCGACUCGAUGGUCUGCCUUGGCGGUUUCCGCAAGGGCAGGUCCGCCAGUCGGCCUAUCUUGAUCCUUUGCCGGCGGAUGGCCGCCCUCGACCUCGGGUGCGGCAUGCGCGAGUACUGGCGUUGGGUACCUUCGGAUCGGAACCACAGCGACGGGCCGAGCCGAGGAUUCCCGAUCGGACAAGCCCCCAAGGAGCGGCGGAUGGACGAGCAGGUGUUGCCGGAGAAGGUGUCCCAGAAGAUCGAGGCCCUCGCGGAUGUGGCGGAGAUCGACCCGUUCCAGCCGCUCAGAAUGGGAGUAUCGGUGCCCGUGAAGGUGCUGCGCUUCAUGCAUCUCUGCAGUGGGCACACGCGUGCCGGGGACCUGGAGGACUGGCUGAUCAGGAUCGCGGCGGCGAGAGGCUGCCUGCUGAUCUGCACCAACGUGGACAUCGGCUUCGGGGCGAAGUUCGACCUGACGGACGAGGUGAACGUUCGACGGCUGGAGCUGCUGGCGGAGACGGAGACGGACGGUCUACGAGCGGACGAUGCGAGGAAUGUGAGGCUCGGGAACUACACUGGAGGUCCUGGCCGCGGCGUUCCUCGAGGCGCCGGGUUGAUCGAGCGAACGGCUUUGGGAUGCUACGUGCCCAAUGUGCGCCGCUUCCUGAAGAUUGCUCAGGAGCUCAACCUGCGCAUGAUGAGCCGAGAGGAGAUCGACGACUCGGUCCUGUGCUACUUGGACCGUCUAGUCGAGGACGAGGAGGUGGGCCCGCACCGUGGGGACCUCGUGGUGCACGGGCUGGCCUACGUGUGGCCAGAGCUGUCGACGGGCCUGCCAAGAUCCAACCGUGCCCACCGAGCUUGGCAUCGUCUGCAUGUGGCGGGUGAGGGAGGACCUCAGCCGCUGGAGUUGUGGGCAGUGCUGGACGAAGCUGUGAGACUGGCCGGGAACACCGAGGCAGCCGACGCUGCGGAGCUCGCCCUCGACACCUACCUCGGGUCGGCGGAGCUCUUCGGCCUGCGCGCGGCAGACAUCGUGAUCGACGUGGACGCGGAGGGCAAGCAGGUGGUGGCGAUCAACCUCGGAGUCGCGGAGCGCGGAGAGAGGACCAAGACGGGCAUGAGGCAGGGCGUGCUCAUCGACCGCCAGCACGUGGCCGAGAUGCUCGUCCAGAGGAAGAUGGAGAGGGCGCUGUCCGACCGGGUCUUCAACUGCUCGGUGGACGCGUACCGCCGCGCCUUGCGGCGCGCCUGUGACGACAUCGGCGUGGCCAGCUUCCUCCGCAUGCAGCUCGGCACUCUGGACCAAGCCACGCGUGGGCGCUGGGCUUCCGAGAAGAAUGUGCUGCGCUACAUGAAGACCCACGCCCUGGUAGCGUCACGUGCCGCUCUGCCGCCUGAAGUGCUGGAGCGAGGCGCGGAGCUGCUCAAGAAGAAGCUGGCCCGCGCUGUCGCCAGAAAAGCGGUGGUGUGGGACAAAGACGGCGGCACCCUCGACCUCAGGGUGGCCGCCACGGUCGAAUCUAGCCGCCGCCUCGGCGGCAUCGUGCUCACGUGUCAGGAAAAUAUCAUGUGA